AUGGCAGAGAAGAAUAACUUCAAAGUCGCACCUGUCGCUGGCACUUUUGUUACACGGGACAUCGACAGACAUGGGCCAAUUGUCAAGAUGUACAUGUUUCCUGGCCUCAGAGCACAAGAACUCGGUAUCUCCAAGGCAGAGGUUGUCUACAGUGCAAUUAAAAGUCUCCCUGAAGAGCGAUACCAAUCAUUGAAGUUCGAGCCGCUGCAGGCGUAUCUCCGUGAGGCGGCUGCAAAGUGGAGCAUGGAGAUCCACAUCUUUUCAUUCGAUCUUAUCUCGCCACAGAAGUCACGGAUCAAGAUCUACACUCGGGCGCCUAACACGAGCAUCGAGUACCCCAUGGAUGCUCUCACCCUUGGAGGUCGACACGACUUGUCGAUGUACAGUGCUGAAGUUAUUCAGGACGUGCAAGACUUCUGGAUGAUUUUCAUUGGCGACGCUCCGGAUGUGCUUCCUCAAAGUGGAGCAGAACGUGGUCCAGGCUUUUACUUUACGGCGAAAGCUGAGCAGCCAAUAACCCCUAAGGUGUAUAUAUCGCUUGCUCCCUUUUGCGAAAACGAUCUGGAGGUACUCAAGCGGUUACGACGCUAUUUUGUAACAAGGCGAGACGCAGCGAGAAUGCUGCUACAGAUGGAAAUCUACGAGAAAGCACUGAAGUCGAUCUACGGAACAGACUAUCUGGAGAAGACAAGCGACAUCCACAUGCUUCGCGAAAGCUCCAAGGUGAGUUUGAUCUACGCAGACUCUUCUUGGGUACUGCCACAGAUUGCUGAAAUCAUGGCUGAGCAGACAGGAUGUACGUCUCCGCAAGAACUCCUGAAGAUGCAUUCUUUUGGUAUGAGCUUCGUCUACUUUGCUUCUCUCCUUGGCGCCACAUUUGCUCUCCCAACCGCACGGGGACCACCCGCACCUCGGUCUUGCCAAAUUUCGUAUCCAACACAGAUGAUCGAAUUCACUCCUCUUGAGAACCCAUCCACGUCUUUGACAGACUUCUGCGUGACAUCCGACACACGCGUCAAAUACGUCGAGUUCGGCUCGAUUCCAGCAACAGCCCGUGGCGCAUGUCAACUUGAGUUCGUGUUUCCUGCUGGAUACUCCGUCGCGGGAGCAGGGACGCAUCAAGUCAAUGUGUGGAAGACGGAACGACCCGCUUCAUUGAAUGACACCUGGGAGAACGCGCCAAAAACGGUUACUACAUUUGGCACUGUAACUCUGAACAGCAAACCGGAUCAGGAAGCAAGGAUCAUCGUGAACAGCGGGAGCUGUGACAGUAUGAGGAAUUUCAAGAUUGGUCUUGCAGACACGAGGAUUGACUCGAGCGUUACGUAUACGCAGCAAUUCCCUCCGGCUGAAGUGGUUGCGGGUAUGCGCAUUGUGCAUAGCUGCUAAGGAUGAGGCGGUAUGGUACUCGAUUCAUUGGAAUGCUCCUUUCUGAUCUUUGAGUUUAUACCUUGUAAACUGAGUAUCAGACGAUUAUAGACCUGCAGUCCGUUGUCAUUCUUUCCUUUGCUAGCAACUCUUGAUUAUCAAGUAGACAAUACGAACUCCGACCAU